AACCAUACAAGUUUGAUUAAAAAAAAAAAAAAAAUGCCCAGAAAGAGUGUAGACUAUGGAGUGCUGCCGGAGUAUGAGAAAAGCCAGAUCAAAAGGACCUUGGAGUUGGGAACUGUUAUGACAGUAUUCAGUCUUAAGAAGAGUAGUCCAGAAAGGAGGACUAUUCAAGUCAUAAUGGAAACCAGGCAGGUAGCAUGGAGCAAGACAGCUGACAAGAUUGAAGGUUUCUUGGAUCUGAUGGAAAUAAAAGAAAUUCGCCCAGGAAAGAAUUCAAAGGACUUUGAGCGUUGCAAAGCAAAGCAAAGAGAAGAACACUGCUUUACUAUUUUUUAUGGUACCCAGUUUGUCCUCAACACCUUAAGCUUAGCAGCUGACUCUAAAGAUGACGCUGAUAAAUGGUUGUGUGGCUUGAAUAUCUUGUAUCAAGAGGUCAUGAGUGCUCCCACACCUGCGAUCACAGAGAGCUGGCUGAGAAAGCAGAUCUAUUCUGUUGAUCAAACUAGAAGAAAUAGUAUCAGUCUUAGAGAGCUGAAAACUGUCCUUCCCCAAGUAAACUUCAAAGUGAGCAGCAUGAAGUUCUUGAAGGAUAAAUUUGUGGAAAUAGGCGCUCACAAGGAAGAGCUUAGUUUUGAACAAUUUCAUUUGUUCUACAAGAAAAUCAUGUUUGAACAACAGAAAUUGAUUCUUGAUGAAUUCAAAAAGGAUUCCUCUGUGUUCAUUCUUGGAAAUACUGACCGUCCAGAUGCUUCAGCAGUUCAUCUCCAUGACUUUCAGAGAUUCCUGCUACAUGAGCAGCAGGAAUCUUGGGCACAAGAUCUCAGUAAAGUCCGAGAACGAAUGACAAAGUUUAUUGAUGACACUAUGAGAGAAACUGCUGAACCCUUCCUCUUUGUUGAUGAGUUCCUCACUUACCUUUUUGCAAAAGAAAACAGUAUUUGGGAUGAGAAAUAUGAUUCAAUAGAUGCACAGGACAUGAAUAAUCCUUUGUCCCACUACUGGAUUUCUUCCUCUCAUAACACAUAUCUGACAGGAGACCAGCUUCGAAGUGAAUCCUCCACAGAAGCUUACAUCAGGUGCCUUAGAAUGGGAUGUCGAUGUAUUGAGUUGGAUUGCUGGGAUGGUCCUGAUGGGAAACCCAUCAUUUACCACGGAUGGACACGGACAACGAAGAUCAAAUUUGAUGACGUAGUACAGGCAAUCAAAGACCAUGCCUUUGUUACAUCUGAAUACCCAGUCAUUCUGUCAAUUGAAGAGCACUGUAGUGUGGAGCAGCAGCGACACAUGGCCAAAGUGUUCAAGGAGGUAUUUGGGGAUCAGCUUUUAAUGAAGCCUAUUGAAGCCAGUGCAGAUCAGCUGCCAUCACCAACCCAGCUGAAAGAAAAAAUCAUCAUCAAGCACAAAAAGCUGGGGCCAAAGGGAGAUAUUGAUGUGAACUUGGAAGACAAGAAGGAAGAAAAAAAGCAACAAGGAGAACUUUACAUGUGGGACACAAUAGAACAGAAAUGGACUCGGCACUACUGUGCUAUUGCUGAUGAAAAGCUUUCAUUCAGUGAUGAUAUAGAACAGAAUGCUGAUGAAGAUUCAUCAAAGGAGGUGAAACGUACUGAACUGCACUUAAGAGAGAAAUGGUUCCAUGGGAAAAUGAAAGAAGGGAGAACAACUGCUGAGAAACUGCUCCAGGAAUAUUGUGCUGAAAUGGGUGGCAAGGAUGGGACAUUCCUAGUUAGGGAAAGUGAGGCUUUCCCUAAUGAUUGCACCUUGUCAUUCUGGAGGUCAGGUAGAGUCCAGCACUGCCGGAUCCGUUCUUCAAGUGAUGGGGACGCUGUGAAAUACUACCUGACAGACAACCUCACUUUUGAUAGCAUCUAUGAUCUCAUUCAACACUACAAGGAGGCCCACUUGCGAUGUGCUGAAUUUGAGCUGCGUCUGACUGAUGCUGUGCCUAAUCCCAGCCCUCAUGAAACUAAAGAUUGGUACUAUAGCAACUUGAGUCGGGGAGAGGCAGAAGACAUGCUGAUGCGAAUUCCUCGAGAUGGAGCCUUUCUGAUUAGAAAGAGAGAUGAGCCUGAUUCAUUUGCCAUGACUUUCAGAGCGGAGGGAAAGGUGAAGCACUUCCGAAUUCAGCAAGAAGGUCGCCAUUUUGUGCUUGGAACCUCGGCCUAUUUUGAGAGUUUAGUGGAGCUGGUAACGUACUAUGAGAAGCAUCCGCUGUACAGGAAAAUGAAAUUGCGUUACCCGGUGACUGAGGAGCUGCUGGAGCGCUACAGCACGGAAAAAGAUAUUAACUCCCUCUAUGAUGUCAAGAUGUAUGUGGAACCCAGUGAAAUCACCCCUACAGUGCCUCAGAGAACAGUGAAAGCCUUGUAUGACUACAGAGCCAAAAGAAGUGAUGAAUUGAGCUUCUCUCGAGGAGCUUUAAUUCAUAAUGUCACAAAGGAAACUGGAGGCUGGUGGAAGGGGGAUUAUGGAGAAAAAGUCCAACACUAUUUUCCAUCUAAUUAUGUUGAAGACCUGUCAUCUGAUAACUCUGCUGAGCUUGAAAGCCAGAUUAUCGAGGACAAUCCAUUAGGCUCUCUGUGUCGUGGCAUACUGGUACUCAAUACGUACAACGUUGUGAAAAUGCCACAAGGGAAACACACAAAGCCUUUUGUCUUCAUUCUGGAACCUAAGAAUCUAGAAGAUCCAUGUGUUGAGUUUGCAACUGAUAAAGUAGAAGAACUCUUUGAAUGGUACCAAAGUAUCCGUGAAAUCACUUGGAAAACUACAGAAGAGGAGAACAGGAGGAAAUACUGGGAAAAGAAUCAAUUGAUUGCUAUUGAAUUAUCUGAUCUGGUAAUCUACUGCAAGCCAACAAGCAAAACCAAGGACAAUUUAGAAAAUCCUGAUUUCAAAGAAAUCCGUUCUUUUGUGGAAACCAAGGCAGAGAGCAUUGUUAAGCAAAAGCCAGUUGAGUUGUUGAAAUACAACCUGAAGGGACUGACACGUGUCUAUCCUAAAGGACAGAGGGUCGACUCAUCCAACUACGACCCGUUUCGCCUCUGGCUUUGUGGCUCCCAGAUGGUGGCUCUUAACUUCCAAACUCCAGAUAAAUACAUGCAAUUGAACCAUGCCUUGUUUUCACUUAAUGGACGCACUGGCUAUGUUCUGCAGCCAGAAAGCAUGCGAAAUGAAGAAUAUGACCCAAUGCCAAAUGACUCGAAGAGGAAAUUGCAGAUGAUUAUGACAGUGAGGGUUUUAGGUGCUCGUCAUCUCCCUAAACCUGGUAGAAGCAUCGCUUGUCCCUUUGUAGAGGUAGAAAUUUGUGGGGCUGAAUACGAUAACAACAAAUUCAAGACAACAGUUGUGAAUGACAAUGGCCUUAAUCCAGUUUGGGCACCCUGUCCAGAGCAAGUGAAAUUUGAAAUUUAUGAUCCAAAUCUAGCGUUUCUGCGCUUUGUUGUUUAUGAGGAGGAUAUGUUCAGUGAUCCCAAUUUCUUAGCACACGCCACUUUUCCCAUCAAAGGAAUCAAAUCAGGUUUUAGAUCAGUUCCUCUCAAGAAUGGCUAUAGUGAAGAUAUAGAGCUGGCCUCACUUCUGGUUCACUGUGAAAUGCAACAAGUUCUGGAAAGUGAAGAAGAGCUUUAUUCCUCAUGUCGGCAACUUCGGAAGCGCCAGGAGGAGCUUAAUAACCAGCUGUUCCUUUAUGACACCCAUAUGAAUUUAAGGAAUCCUAACAGAGAUGCUAUAUUAAAAGAAUUCAGUGUGAAUGAGCACAAACUACAGAUAUAUCAAGAGACAUGCAACCGCAGAUUAAAGGAGAAGAAAGUCAGUAACAGCAAAUUCUACUCUUAAAGCAAUCAUUCUUUGAUGCGUGCUUUAUGGUGUAAUUCAGGAAGAGAUAUUAAUUUAUCUUGGCCAUCCUACUCAAUGACGGUCUCAUCAGACUGAAUGACUGGAAGAAGAGGAGGAGGAGGAAA